AUGGAGAGAGCCGAGUAUCCGGCCAUGCUGGUGAGCUACACUGGCAGACAGAGCAGUCGGGGAGGACACGAAGCUGAUAUGCAUCGAUACAGCCCAAGCUGGCGCCUGCUCAGGCAGCUGACGUCCUCAAUGACCGCGUACGGCAGGUCGGAAAGCUCAACACUGCCAUUGCCGACUGGCUUCAAGUGAGGACGACCGCAGACUGGUCGCGCAGAGGGCGCGCUCCCGAAUUCGAAUCGGCUGACCACGAGGGCGUAGGAACGAAGUCGCUUGGAAGAACAGUAUGCAGCUGGCCUGCGAAAGCUGGCCCGGAAGCCAAUGGAAGAUGUAGACUUGGGGUAUGAAGAGCUAGGGGUGCAGGGAAAAGCAAACAAGAACUGUACUGACCGAAGCGCAGUAUCUUUUCUGUACCUUGGAGCACCAUGACGAAUUCUAUGGACACCCUCGCUGAAUCGCAUGCAUCACUCGCUUCGAAGAUUCAGGUGGACGUGGAAGCACCUAUACGCGACUUUGCCGUUUCCAAUCGCGAGAUGCAGGCAAUGAGUACGAUACAGGGAAACUUGGGAUCCAUGGCGAGAGAUAUCGAAAGAGCGCAACAGAGGACUGAGAAACUACAGGGCAAGGGAGAGAAAGCAGAAGCCAGCAAAGUUGCGAAUGCGACCUCUGAUCUGGAUACGGCCAAGGCAGCUUGGGAUUCGCAGGCGCCGUAUGUUUUCGAGACACUUCAGUCGCUGGACGAGACGCGCGUGAACACCCUGCGCGAUCUUUUGACACAGCUACAGACUCUGGAGGUGGAUCAGGUGGAGAAGAAUCGCGUGGCAGCGGAGCAAUGCCUGAACGUGCUGUUGAAUGUGGAAACUCAGGAUGAGAUCAAGACUUUCGCACUGAAGACCUUGUCCGGCGCUUCAGGUCGACCGAGCGCGAACCGGCCAUCGAGGGCAAGUUUCAUUCCUAGCAUGCCGAGUAUGCCGGGUUCUUCUUCCUCGACGCCUCAGAGAGCGAGAGAAGGCUCUGCAUCGAAUUCCAACGCUCUUACAACGAUCCCGUCGAAUGCCGAAGAUGAUGCCAGCCAGAUAUCUGGUACUCCGGAGCCGACGAAGAAAGGAGGGUUCAAGGGCUUGAAGAGACUCGGUACUGUCGUGUCUAGGCGCCGCGAAAGUAAGCAGACGUCUUCUCUGCCUGCCACGUCGGAAUCGCCUGAGCGCAAGGCAAAGGGAAGAACGUUUGGUCUUGGACGUCUGGGUCGGAACAAGGGCUCGUACGGAUUGGAGCCGCCACAGGAAGAGCCCUCGGGCUCGCUACGGCCGCGCUCGCCAUUCAGAAUGGGAAGCGAGGUAAUGGAGUCGACAGAAGUCCGAGAGCAGCCGAGCAGUCCUUCGAAUGACAGGCCGCCACAACUAGAUCUUCCACACAUGAAUGGCUCCUCGAGUGCAUUGUCGCCCACCUUAAAUGUUCCGAACGGAAGUCACCAGGGAGAUCUUGCCGACUUGGAUCCUCCGAAGCCAACUGAACCGGAGCCAUCAAGAGUGCCCACCUUUGCGGAGCCACAGAGGGACAGUGAAGGAUAUUCUGUACCUCCACAGCAGCUUGAUCCUAUUUCACAAGCGGAGGCCGACCUGACGGCAGCGGAACGGCCAGAACCUCAGUUCAACGUAAACAUCCGCAAUGCGCCUAUUCGUGAAGAAGGAGGGGAAGCCGCACUUGCAAGCGUGGCAAACAAGCUGGUGAGUAUUGUAGACCCGAUCACUGCAAAUAUGGUUGUUGACAGUCGUCGUUAGGCCCCACCACCAACGCAACGGAGAGCUGGAACCGUACGAGGCCGUCGUGAUGCUCGCAAUAGCGCUGUGAUCAGCACUUACAGCUCCUCUGAUCAAGCUACUCCCGAGGCCAGCAGUGCGGCCGUUCCUUCGACAACGCAACGCGCUUUCGAGCCAACAUCCGCUCUUGCACCGGUCGCUGAUCCAGUCGUUGCUCCAGCAGUUCAGCCUCCGUCAGCUCCAUCCACGUCCCCGGGGACACAAUCGCCUCUUGGCGGUUUCAGUCCUGUGGGUGCUGGGAAUGUGAAUGCUUUCUCACCAUUCAGCGGCGGCGCCGAGCCACACUCUCCCAUACGCCCUUCGUCUCGAGCCGCUGUGGGCGCCGACCACGCUGGUGACAACCAGUCAAUCAGAUCCGGACGCAGCACUGCCAGCCAAGGCAUGAGACAUCCAGAACUUAUCCAGCCUGGUCUCAGCUCCUCCAUCAUUGAAACAAUAUCCGUCCGAUUCGACAGCAAGCAGGUCUCCAAUGCUUCUCUCAUCGGCGAGGUUGCGCUUGCGUACAAUGCCACCGACUUCAAUGCCAGCCAUGGCCAUGAGACUAUCCGCCUAGAGCACUUCUCCUCUUUGGACAAGGUUGCCCCUAACCCGGCUUUCAUCCACCAGGUCGCGGACAAGGAAGGCGAAUACUCUAUUAACCUCGCGCAGAUCGCCAAGACCCAGAUCGCCUUCAAGUACCAGCUACGACACGAUGAAGCAGAACAACACAUUCCGUUGCUCCUCACACCAGCGUACAAGACUGGACCUACCCAAACAGACGUGAUUGUCAAUUAUUCGCUCUACCCAGGCUUCACUCUCCAAGGACGCGAGAAUCUGGCACUGUCGAAUGUGACGAUCGGUCUUAUCCUGGAGGGUGCCAAGGCCACCAACUGCAUGACGAAGCCCACGGGGACAUUUAACCGAGAGAAGAAUUUGGUUUUCUGGCAGUUGGGCGACAUUACUCUCACACCUGGCGCUGCUCCCGAGAAACUUCUGGCGCGUUUUGUUACUGAGAGCGAGGCGAAGGGUGGUAGCAUUGAUGCGAAAUGGGAGAUCCAUGGUGAUGGAACGCCUGGGAUUGGAAGUCCGAUUGCUGUGAGCAUGUCGGGACAAGGGGUUGGUGAAGGAGCGGAUCCUUUCGCCGAUGAGGGUGCGCCUGCCGGUGGCAGCUGGAAGGGUGUUCCCGUGGUGAGGAAGCUCACGAGUGGGAGUUACGUGGCGAAGUCGUAG